AGAAAAAUUUGUUUUAGUUAUUUUAGUAACAUGGCCUUUGAUCCCUAGAAGAUCAACAUACCAUGUAUCUCCACGUUUCAGCAGACAAUUCAUUGGAAUUUGAUACCAUAUUGAAACCAUUUGGUAUAUAUGCACAUGAAACCAUAUACUUUGCUCCCCUUAUUUUUGUUACUACAUUACUAUAUUAUUGCAUUUUGCAACAUUGUCCUUUUCUCUCUCUCUUUCUCUCUCUAAUAUUUUGCAAAGUUGUCAUUUUGUUAACAAGAAGUGGAAGAAAAGGAAGAAGAGAUAAUUUCAUGGAUCUCAAAGAAACUGAGCUGUGUUUGGGGUUGCCUGGUGGUGGAGAAAGAGAUAAAAUCAAAGGGAAAAGAGGGUUUUCUGAAACUGUUGAUCUGAAACUCAACUUUCAAACCAAUGAUUCUUCUUCUGCUAUGGAUCUCAAGGAGAAGAUCAAGACUCCUACUACCAAAGAAAUUGCUAAUUGUAACAAGGAUUCAGUCAAGCCACCUGCCAAGGCACAAGUGGUGGGUUGGCCACCAGUUAGAUCUUUCAGAAAGAAUGUAAUGGCUCAGAAAAACAACACUGAAGAAACUGAAAAGAGUAGUGCAACUGCUGUUGCAUUUGUGAAGGUUUGCAUGGAUGGUGCACCUUACCUACGUAAGGUAGAUUUGAAGAUGUACAAAAGUUACCAACAACUUUCUGAUGCUUUGGCCAAGAUGUUUAGCUCUUUUACUAUGGGAAAUUAUGGGGCCCAAGGAAUGAUAGAUUUUAUGAAUGAAAGCAAGCUGAUGGAUCUUCUCAAUAGUUCUGAAUAUGUACCCACCUAUGAAGAUAAAGAUGGAGACUGGAUGCUCGUGGGGGAUGUACCUUGGGAGUAAGUCUAUAAUUAUGAAAUUUU